AUGACUUUGAUGGAGAAUAUUUCAGAGGUGACUGAAUUUUUUCUUGUGGGGUUAACAGAUGCCCUAGAGCUACAGGUCCCUUUAUUUAUAAUCUUCACUGUCAUUUACUUCAUCACUCUUGUUGGGAACCUUGGGAUAAUUGUGUUGAUUCUGUUGGACUCCCAUCUCCACACUCCCAUGUACUUUUUCCUCAGUAACCUCUCCCUGGUGGACUGUGUUUAUGCCUCGGCUGUCACUCCUAAUGUAAUGGUGGGGUUUCUCAUGGGAGAUAAGACCAUAUCUUACAAUGCAUGUGCCACCCAGAUGUUCUUCUUUGCAGCCUUUGCCACUAUUGAAGGUUUCCUCCUGGCCUCAAUGGCCUUUGACCGCCAUGCAGCUGUGUGCAAGCCCCUGCAUUACACCACCACCAUGACAAGUACUGUGUGUGUCCUACUAGGUGCAGGUUCCUACGUCACUGGACUUGUGCAAUCUUCCAUCCAUGUUGCCUUAACUUUCCAACUCUCUUUCUGUCAUUCCAAUGUGAUUAAUCACUUUUUCUGUGACAUUCCCCCACUGCUAGCUAUUUCUUGCUCUGAUAUCUACACUAAUGAGAUUGCGCUCUUCCUGUUGGCAGCAUUCAAUGUUUUUUCCACACUGUUAGUUAUCUUGAACUCUUAUGUGUUUAUUUUUGUUGCUAUCCUGAGGAUGCGUUCAGCUGAAGGACAGAAGAAGGCCUUCUCCACCUGCACAUCCCACCUCACCACUGUUUCCAUAUUCUAUGGAGCAAUCAUUUUCAUGUAUUUACAGCCAGGUUCUAGUCAUUCCAUGGACACAGACAAAAUGGCAUCUGUGUUUUAUAGUAUGAUCAUCCCCAUGCUAAAUCCCCUGGUCUACAGCUUGAGGAAUAAAGAGGUCAAGAGUUCAUUCAAGAAGGUCAUUGGAAAAAUGAAUUCUUCAUUGCCUUGA